GGGAUUGAAACACGUGGCAAGUAUCCGUUAUUCGACCGUUACACAAAUAAAAAUGUUUGGGUGUUGUUGUUAAUGAACCAACGAAUGAAAGCACAUUGAAGAAGAAAGAAAGAAAGAAGACAAAGAGAAGGAGCUGCUUUCAUUGCCUUCUUCUAUUUCUAUAUUAUCCCUUUCAAUUCUAUAAACCCGACCCGACCCAUUUUCAAUUUCAACAAACCUCUUUCCCUCUCUCUCCCCACCGCGCUGCCCUCUCAUGGCCAUCGCAACAGAGACUCAGCCUCAACAAUACACGCAGGCUUCUUCGCAGGUUUCAGGUUCAGCUGCAGAGCAAAAAAGGUGGACUCUAAAUGAUUUUGAUAUUGGAAAACCUCUUGGAAGGGGAAAAUUCGGUCAUGUCUAUUUGGCCAGAGAAAAAACUAGUAAUCAUAUCGUUGCUCUGAAAGUACUCUUUAAGAGCCAAUUGCAACAAUCCCAAGUUGAGCAUCAGCUUCGGCGAGAAGUUGAAAUACAGAGUCAUCUCCGACAUCCCCAUAUCUUGCGCCUUUAUGGAUACUUUUAUGAUCAGAAACGAGUUUACUUGAUUUUAGAGUAUGCACCCAAAGGUGAACUUUACAAGGAAUUACAAAAAUGCAAAUAUUUCAGUGAAAGACGUGCAGCUACUUAUGUUGCAUCAUUGGCCCGAGCUCUUAUAUAUUGCCAUGGAAAGCAUGUAAUACACAGGGACAUUAAACCAGAGAACCUUCUUGUUGGUGCACAGGGUGAACUGAAGAUAGCAGACUUCGGGUGGUCAGUGCACACAUUCAAUCGUAGGCGGACCAUGUGUGGCACACUGGAUUACCUUCCACCUGAGAUGGUGGAGAGUGUAGAACAUGAUGCAAAUGUGGAUAUAUGGAGCCUUGGUGUCCUUUGCUAUGAGUUUCUUUAUGGAGUCCCCCCUUUUGAGGCUAAAGAACAUUCUGAUACUUACAGGAGGAUAAUACAAGUGGAUCUCAAAUUCCCUCCUAAACCAAUUGUUUCUUCUGCUGCAAAAGACCUCAUCAGCCAGAUGCUAGUCAAGGAUUCCUCUCAACGACUACCAUUGCACAAACUCCUAGAACACCCUUGGAUUGUUCAGAAUGCGGAACCCUCCGGUAUAUACAGGAGCUAGUGUGCCUUGUCGGUUAUUCCAUUACUGUGUUUUCUUGAUGAUCAGAAUAGUCCAUUACUGUGUUUUCUUGAUGAUCAGAAUAGUGGUUUCUUCAAAAUAAUUGACAACAUCUGGCCAGAUGAUGCAAACUAUUUGAAGAUUUAUACACUUAAAAUUUUAAAAGCAAAAUGGUUGACUGAUGCUUACCGAAGCAUCCGAUAAAAGAGAAGCAUUUGUUUGAGAAUCAAUUCACCACAUCCCAAGCUUAGAAGUCAUUUACUAUUUGAUUUCAAAAACUGAAUAACCGAUUUGUUAUAUCCAAGUUUAUAUGUAUUAUUCUAAACCUUAUGGAGUUUUACAUCUUAUCUGUCAUUGUUCUACAAUUUGUAGUUUAUUCAUAAGUGUUUUCUCCAAGACAUUGUUCUGAUCACCUUGGUAUUCUUUAAAUAUUGGGGUUUUUCAGUGAUGGACUGAUUGUUUCUAUUUUUCAAUAAAAUAUGUUUACUUUAUUCUCCAA